AUGGAGGAUCAGCAGAAAGAGUCCCAGGUGGUGGUGGUUGCGGAGACGGCUCCUAGUGAGGCUAGUUCUAUGACGUCAGGGAGUGAGGAGAUGAGAUUGAUGGAGAUGAGGAUUAAGCUAGCUGAGAUUGAAAUGCAGCGCCAGCAGCUGGUAGUAGAAUCACAGCGUCUAGCUUUGGAAGGAGCCAGUGCCCAUCGGGGUACGACGGUCACUAGUGGGGAGGAAGAUAGAAUGCUCAAAUUUGCAAAUUUGUUGAAGGGCGUACUUUCGCCAAUGCCGACUCAGGAGUCGCUCGUGCCCGGGUGGUUUGAGGACGUGGAAGCCACUCUAGAAGCAUAUAAUGUGCCUAAAGAAUGGCGGGCCGGUUUGGUGCUGCCGCUGCUUAGCGAGAGAGCAAGAGCGUUACUGACAAGACUGUCUUCGGUAGAGAGAACGCAGUACGAUAAAUUGAAGUCCAAAAUUCUUGAGGGCCUGCGACUAUCGACGGCUGAGUACAGACGUCUCUUCCUGCAAUCCAGGCGAAGUGGCAAGGAAACCUGGGAUCAGUUUGCCGUAAGGAUAGAAAACUAUCUGAGUUAUUACCUGCGCAGCUGUAAUGUGAAAAGCAUGGAAGAGCUGCAACAGUUGAUGGUAGUGGACCGUUUGAAAGAAUGCCUAACCCCAGAAGCGCGGGCGCAUAUAAUCCUUAAUGGUGGUGAAGGUCUUUUGAAGCCCAGCGAUCUGGCAAAGAUGGCUGAGAAUUUUGAUGAAAGUCUCAAGUGCAAAACGAAUAGUAGCGGAAACACUGUUCCUAAUAAGCAUCGUGAGACUGUCAGUAGCAAAGCUAAAUUGGACAGCAGCUUGAGACCUAACACGUCUCACGCGGGAGUGAGACCCAAGAAGGGGGGUUGUUAUGGGUGCCAUUCACCUGAUCAUAUUCUGAAGGACUGCCCGCAACGAAAAAAAGAACCGAAAGCGCAAACAAAUGCAGUCAGUGUAGCUACUGUGCCGGAGGACAAUGUGUUGGUUGCACGAGUAGCUGUACCUAUAGCAGAUAGGAAAUUAAGCCACGAGCCGGCAGACGGUAGUGACAAGCUGCACUUUAAUAAGCUACAGGAGGUGCAACUAAAAAAUAGUGGCAGCACGUUCACUGCAUAUGUGGACUCGGGAGCGGAGAUAUCAGUGAUAAAGAGGUCAUCGGUGAGCAAAUAUGAUACAUCUGGAUCUACGUUAAAACUAAUAGGCGCGUUUGGAGAAGUAAAAACGGCCGAGUUGGCAUACGUACCUCUCAGAUUGGCUAUGAGCGCCACAUAUGUAUCGUCGGAACAAGCCGAUCCCGUCUUCCUGUGUGCAUUAGUUGACAGAUUAGCUGAGGGCACCUCUGCGCUAAUAACACCUGAUGUGUAUGAGCAGCUUCGGCGUACGUUUGAUCCAUCCGUUACCCCUAAUAAAGGAGAAUGUGUGAAAGAUGAUACAGUAGUCAGGGGUACUCUGUUAACAGAAGUAGACGAUAUAAACUCUGAUGAGGAAGACAACGGACUUGUCGAAGAGGAUGACCUGGCACCGCGCAUCUCUAGCUUGCAAGUGGUACACAGUCGGAACACCGAAAGGCAGAGUAGUCGGGCGGAGUUCAUAGAACUACAAAAGAAUGACCCAACGUUAGCGGACGCAUGGGAUCAAGCGCGUGAGGGAACGCAUGGUAUGACGAUCAUCGAUGGCCUACUUUAUCAUCAGGACAGCAUAAAUGGCCACACUUGUAAACAACUAGUCCUACCGGAGGAAAAGCGCGCAGAAGUCUUGCAGUUAGCGCACGACAUACCGUGGGCUGGGCACCUGUCACAGAAAAAGACUUUGCAGCGAAUAAAGGGCUCCUUCUACUGGCCUGGAAUUAGUGGAGAGGUAAAGCGCUAUUGCCAAAGCUGCCAUGGUUGCCAAAUUAAGUCUCCUGCUCGAUGGUCGGACAAAGUACCGAUGACACCGAUUGCACGACCUAGCGUACCUUUCCAAGUAGUUAAUAUGGACUGCAUAGGACCAAUAGAUCCGCCGUCGUCUAAGGGACACAAGUAUGCGCUUUGUGUAGUGGAUCUUUGUACUCUGUGGCCCGAGGUAGUAUGCCUGCGAACACUGACGGCCAAAGCUGUAUGUAGUGCUCUACUUGAAAUCUUCGCACGGUUAGGCGUACCCGAAACCAUAUGCUGCGAUAACGGAACGAACUUUACAGCAAAGCUCACAAGGGAGUUUCUAGAGCGAAUGGGAUCCACACCCAGAUUUUCUACCCCUGACCACCCUCAGAGUAAUGGCUUAGUUGAGCGGAGGAACGGGACGUUUAAACCCAUGCUGUUCCACGUAGUUGAGGAAUACGGUAGAGACUGGGAUAAACACGUGCCUUUCUUACUGUGGGCGUACCGGGAGGUCCCUAAUGUAACAACGGGGGAGUCCCCAUUCGAAAUGAUGUACGGAAGAUCUCCGAAUGGGCCGCUGUCUAUACUACAAAAGACCUGGACGGAAGAAUGGACCGUUCCAAAUGAGCUAAACAAACCGGCCAGUGAGUACUUAGCAGAACUCCGGCAUAAGAUAAAUGUCGCUGAUGAAAGAGCACGCGCGGCAGUCGCCGAGAGUCAGGAGCGGAGUAUCACGCACUACAACCUACGCACUAGGGACAAACAGUUUUCUGACGGUGAUCAAGUUAUUUGGUUUGACGACAACAAUGGGGGCAAACUAAGACCGAAGUGGACAGGUCCCGCGACGAUCCUCGAGCGCACGCGGCCAUACUCGUAUCUGAUUGAGUUUGAAGAUGGUAACCGAAAAACUGUGCACGCUAACAAACUCAGGCCAUACUAUGCAAGAGCGAACACGGUAGGCGUUAUCUUUGACGAGGAUAAUGAUUUUGGGAAAGUAGAAUGGGUUCCUAGAAGAGAAAAUGGAAGUCAGGAGCUAACGCUGACUACAGAUGACUUGACUCAUCAGCAAUUGGAAGAACUAAGGUCAGUUAUCAACAAGUACAAAGAUGUCUUUGGGCAGACCCCAGGAAGAUGUAAAAUAGGAUACCAUUCAAUCAAGGUUAAGACCGGUGCAGAACCGCAGAAGGCCUAUCCUUAUCGAAUACCAAUGGCACUUCGGAAGGAGGUAGAGAAGCAGAUUCAUGAACUGCUGGAGUGGGGCUUAAUCUAUCCCGUUGAAAGCAAAUAUGCACAUCCGAUCGUGUGUGUAUCCAAAAAGGACGGGGGGGUCUAUGUGUUGAUUAUAGGAAAUUAA